AUGGCUGCUCUCAUAGGUCUCGGUACGCAUUCGCGUUAUCGACUGGCGCAUGAACGAGAAUUCCACAAGUAUAUUCCGAACGAACAUUCCUCGUCGCGCUAUGCCCCAUUUGACCGCGCCAGUGGUGACGGCUUCACUCCCCAGGCCUCCUCCGACUCCGCGUUGACUUCCUACGCCCAGCUAGCUGCAACCCGUCUGGGUGCCGAGCGAGCUUUUAUUUCCCUGUUUGACUCCACACAUCAACAUGUCCUGGCAGAGUCCACUCCAAGUUUGAGUUUAAUCGGGGGUCGCACAGCAAAUGAUACUGAGCGAUUGAUCUUGGGGAGCUGCAUAUUUCCGAAAGAGCGAGGCAUAUGUCGAUGUGUCGAGUCAAUGCCGAGCCAUGAGCAUCAGGUUGGGGAUACAGGCAACCAUGACAGCAUCUUCGUUGCUCUGGACAUGGCGCAGGAUGAGCGCUUUGACCUUUCGAAUCUGCAAGCCGGGCUAUCGGAAGUACGCUCUUUUGUCGCGGUUCCGAUAAUCAGUCCACAAGGAUACAAGAUUGGUGCGCUAAGCGUAAUGGACAGCAAGGAAAGGUCAUCAGGGCCCGAUCAACACUCUCGCCAGUUCAUGAAGGAUAUGGCUGCGACUGUCAUGGAACACCUGGCAAUGAGAGAGGCAACUAUCAAAAACCACCGAGCAGUACGCAUGAUCGUUGGACUUGGCAGCUUUGUCGAAGGGAGAUCUACACUCCGCGAUUCAUGGCUAGAAGCACAUGCUCAGCACCGGGCAGCAGAAACAUCUGGUGAAUCUACUGAGGGCCAGCUGAACAUCGAGCAGCAGGAUCUACAAGAGCUGGCAAAAGGAACCGGCAAAAAAACCCUUGCAAUUCGACAACCAUCUCGCGGAACUCAUCGUUCUCGAUCCAGCAGUCCUAAAUCGGCCAGCUCUGAUCAGAAAACACCACCCGACGUGGCAAAACCUCAAUCAAAUCCCGGAAUACAAUUUUCUCAGGACAAGAGCUCAGCGCGUGCUGUCCUGACAGGCAGUGCUUUAAAACAAGACGAUCUCCCAUCCAGUAUAAGGAACGUUUUUUCACGCGCAGCAAAUUUACUUAGAGAGUCCAUUGGGGCCGAAGGGGUGAUGUUUCUUGAUGCACAUUCGCAGCGCUUCGGAGAUCUGGUCGAUGAAACCAAGCGCAGGGUGUCCGGCUCCGGUGGUUACGACGAUGAUACCAAGGCAAGCUGCGACAAUGAUAGUACUGGUUCAGAAACCUCGUCUCGUCGAUCUGUCUCUGACACCGAUCAGGGUUCCGACAAUGGUAAUCCGAGAGUGUCUGAAUGUCUAGGUUUUUCAAGCUCAAGGGUGUCAAGCAUCAAUGACGAGGAAAGAGCUGGCCGCGCAAUAAUGGUCCCAGAGCCGCUAUUUAGCGCUCUCAUUCACCGGUACCCCCGUGGAAAAAUCUUCACAUACAAUGCAGAUGGAUCGGUUUCGGAGGACAGCGACCGUCAAGCCCAGAAAGAAUCAGGAUCCGACAACGCCCCCGCGCCUGAUAACAAAGAGCGUCGUUCAUCUAGCAAACCCAGACGUAAAUCAUCUUUCCAGCGACAUGCUGAUGACUUGAUCAAAAUCUUUUCCGGUGCCAGAAACGUUCUCGUUUUGCCUAUCUGGGACUCAGACCGUCACCGCUGGUUUGCAGGGGCAAUUAUAUGGACAAAUGAGCCGCACCGCGUCUUCACCUUGGAAAAUGAGCUUGUGUAUACAUCUGCAUUCUCAAACAGUAUAAUGGCCGAAAUUCGGCGGAUUGAUGUCGAGGUAGCAGAGAGGGCAAAGACCAACCUCGUCAGCAGCAUUACGCAUGAACUUCGAAAUCCUCUGCACGGAAUCCUAGGAACGGCCGAUAUUCUGAGCGAUACGGCCAUGAAUGCACUCCAGCACGGGAUGGUUCAUACGGUUGAGUCAUGCGGUCGUACUCUGCUAGAUACCAUCAACAGCCUGCUUGAUCUGACAUUUAUCGAUCAAUACAGGAAAGGAAAUACCGUUCAAAAUGGAAAGAACCGAAAGAAAUCGAUGUCACAGAAGAAUAUGCCAUUGGGUCAGAACCCAUCAAUCUCCCAUGUUGAAUUGGAUACUGUCCUUGAAGAAGUUACGGACUGCGUGUUUGCCGGUUACUGUUUCUAUAAUCACCCACUGGCACCUCCCCCGGCCCUCACGGAGUCUUCAUCUCGAUCUGCUGGCCAACCUGCCAAGGCAGACCCUGUUGGCCCCCGAGCCAGUCAAGUUACGGUCAUAUUUGAUAUCGAGCCGAGUACAGAAUGGGAUUUCGAGACUCAUCCUGGUGCCUGGAGACGCAUUCUUAUGAACAUCUUCGGUAACGCGCUCAAGUAUACUCCUUCUGGUUAUAUCUACCUAGGCUUGAAAUCAUCUUCAAGCUCUAGCUCAUCACCGAAGAAGUCUCCCAGCAAGCAAAAGCAAUGGUUCGAUGUCACCAUCACUGUGAAAGACACUGGAAAGGGCAUUGGGCCGAAUUUCCUGCAGAAUGACCUAUUCAGCCCAUUCAGGCAGGAGGAUCCGCUUGCUUCCGGCAGUGGGUUAGGGCUGAGUAUUGUUCGCCAGGCUGUCGGUCUACUUGGAGGCUCCAUUGAAAUUGAAUCAACAGUGGGACAAGGAACUCAGAUCGCAAUCCACGCACCACUCACGAAGUCAACUGCAAUCUCGGAUUCGUCAUCAUCGAGAUCCAUCACUUCCCUGAAAGCUCAGACCGAAGGGCGCACAAUGGGCAUUCUUGGAUUCGGACAGACUCUCCGGUCGCAACGUGACACGCUACUUUAUUCGUCAUUGGACCGAAUGUGCCGCGAAUGGUUUGGUCUUGAGGUGACCAACAUCUCACCAUCGGAGGGGGAGAAAUUUGAUCUUGACUUCUAUUUAGCUGUGCAGACAGAGUUGGAUUGUGAAGACGUUGGAGGGAGAGACAUAUUUGGUCUUUCCCGUCAUUUCGAUUUGGGAAAUGCGGACAAUUCACCAGUGAUAGUCGUCUGCCAGUCGCCGGAGGAAGCUCACCGCAUGUAUGUUGCUUCCAAAAACCGAAGCGAUGCAACACUCUUUGAAUUUGUGAGCCAGCCUUGUGGACCGAGAAAGCUGGCUCGGGCAAUGAAUAUUUGCAUCAAACGACGAAGGGAACAGCAAAAAGGACGACGCGAAAGUGACGAGCCAACCCAUUGGGUAGAGUUGCCUAAAUCUUCCCAUCUACCGGUAGACAUUGAUGCCAGUGAUCCUCCACAGGAUCGGAUGAAUAUCAACAAGCGGCCAACCGCAGAUACCAUGGGCAAUCAGGACAAUCGGAGCCCUAUACAAAGCCCAGAGAGUAUCAAGGCUGAUCCAAAAAAUCAAAAUCUGUCGGAGCUUCCUGUCCAGCACGAGGAAGGGUCGCCGAGCAACAACACACCAGAUCCCCAUAAGCGGAGUGUUUUGCUAGUUGAUGACAACAAUGUCAAUCUUCAGCUGCUUUGUGCUUAUGCCCAGAAAGAUGGUUUUACCUACAAGUCGGCUAGCGAUGGCGCUCAGGCAGUUGAAUUAUUUAAGGCCGACCCUGGAGGAUUCCAGGCCAUCGUUAUUGAUAUUUCAAUGCCCGUAAUGAAUGGCUUCCAGGCAUCACGGGAAAUUAGACGUAUAGAAAAGGAGUUUCGAGCCCAGUUAUCCGAAUCGGCCCAAAACGCGCUUCCGCCCACAAUUAUCGCUGCAUUAACGGGGCUUGAUAGCGCCGGUGCUCAGAAGGAGGCUUUGGGGUCUGGCAUUAACACUUUCCUGGUCAAGCCCCUUAAGCGAAAAGAAUUUGAAGCUGUCCUACGACGCGAAAAUUAG